ACAUUGCUACUGUUUUUCUUCUUUUUAAUGGAACUAAAUAAAUCUGUGUUUGAGGAUCUGGUGGCUAAUGGUUUGCUUCAAAAUAGCUCCGUUCCAAACACUGUAAAAAUCCGAUUAACAAAUCUUCACGGUUUUGUGUUGUAGGCGUAGCUUCAGGUAUAACGUUGCCUUGACUGUCUCUGCAUUUGCAACGUUUGGAUGACGCUUUACUGAAUGUCAUUUACGCGUAGGAGGAACGUCUGACUGGUGCUCGGGAACAACAUAUUUAAUCUCUUGGUCAUUUACGCGUAGGAGGAACGUCUGACUGGUGCUCGGGAACAACAUAUUUAAUCUCUUGUGUCUGCCUGAGAGUGAAUAGCCGGCAUGAAAACCAGAUCUAGUAGCAGAGGCAGAGGGGAAAGCUGCUCACUCAAGAGGACGAAUGAAUCAAGAGGAUGUGCAUCAGACAUCAGUCAAAGUGCACAGCAUGAUAAUACAAAUUCUAACAGAAGUUUUAUAGAAUUGACCAAAAACAGCAGGAAAAGAAGGCAUUCUGAUGUUACAUGUAGCAGUAAGAAGGCAGCGACUAACUACCAGGAAGACCAGCUUACAAAUGUUCUAAAUAAAACAGUGUCAGUGGUGCUAGAGCCAUUUGAUAUGGAGAAGCAUAUGCAGGCUAAAGUUGCAAAUCGCAAUAAAAAAAAAUGCAUCAGUAAUUACUCUGUCAGAGAUGUCAAAAUAACUACUAAGAGUUCAAAUGGUUGCAGCACAAAAAAUGAAGAGAACUCGACAACAGGAAGCAAACAAAGAUGUUUUCAGAAAUCCACUCCUCAUGAUGGCAAAGAACUACAUAAUAGUGAUCAGAAGAAUGUAACAUCCCUCAGCUUGAGUCAUGAUGAUGACCAGGGGUUGUUGGAGAGUUCGACCCAUCGGAGCAGAAGACAGUUGUGGGAUGCUUCCCACAAAAUGAAUUCAGAAUUUCGUCGAGAACGCCGUACAAUAUAUAAGAAGCCAGUUUGUAUAUGUUGUGUAGGAAAAGAUAACAACAGUGGAAAUGAAAUAAGAGUUGCAAGUGAUGGCUUGAAGGCAAAACAUAACAAACAUAUGAAGAAGAGCAUCAGAAAUAGUGAUGUAAAUAGAGCAGCCAGUAGUACCCAAAAAAGAAAAACUGUCAUGGGUGCUUCUCACAGCAAAGUAAAAGAUGCUGAUUAUCAGUAUGGAGGCAGACCACUAACUACAGAGCACAGCAGUACAAGCUCUGAAACUAUCACAACUCUCAAGAUGAUGAGUGAAGUAUUUAAAGAUGGCCAGUCAUCCAGAAACAGAGAGAUUGUUAACAGCCACAGUAGUAGGAGGUCAGUCACACCAACUUCACGUUCUGUAGCCACAGCACCUUUGCAGAUGAGAGAGAGUGCAGCUUCACAACCUGCACAUGCACUUACACAUUUAGAAAUGCACCCAUAUUUGCGUCGACGGUCAGCAUCAGCGCCUCCUCAGUUACAGUUGGGUGACACUUUUCGAAAAACUGUUGAUGUGUUUGCACAUUUACUUCAGGAUGUGGCCGCACAUCUGCAGAAAUGUGCUAAUAGAGUUGGUGAUACAUUAAGUGACCAUAAUUUUGAGCAUAUGGUAGCUGGCGUUUCUCACUUGGUGUCAAGCUGCACAUGCCAUUCACCCAUUGGGUGUUUACUAUAUAGCAUUCAUAUUAUGAAUGCAUUAAAAAGAAGACUGUCUGCAGAAUUAAAUGUGGUUUCACUAUCCAAUGGUGAUGCAGUACAGCCAGCAGCAGCAGCAGCAGCAGCAGGCAUGCAAUCAAAUGGGAAUUUAAUGGGAAGAUACCAUCUAGAAGCAAGCAUCAAAGAGAAUACCAAUACAGAAGCCAGUGUAGAAGGAGGUAGUAUAUCUGAGUCUGCACCUCAGUGUGAUGCCACAACAUUAACAACGAAAUCCAGAAACAUAUUGUCGACUGCUGAGACCUGCAUAAGCACAUCACACAGCACUUCUCUCACUGAAGAGACAAACGACACACCAUCACCAGUAGGUAGCACUGAUAAUGCACAUAUUGAAGCAAGUAUCAGAGAAACAGCCCAACUGGAAGCAAACACAAAAGAGAGUACCAGCACAAUAACAUGUAUAACAGAAGGCAGUGUCUCAAAGUCAGCAUCAGAAUAUGGUGCAACGUCAUCAUCAGUUGAGCCCAUAAUCAUGGUGUCAGCUGCUGGGACAUUUACUAGUACUAGUUCUUCACCCACUGGAGGCACAAAAGAAAUCCUGGACCUACAUGAAGUGGAUACUGUAGUUUCUGAUCAGAAUAAUGUAAAUGACAGAGUGGAUGAUAGAACAGGGUGUGCCAGCUCCAAGAGUAAUUUAAUGUGUGGGAGUGCAGAACGAGAACAAGAUGGUGAACAGAAUACUUUUGACUCCGUCUCUCUCUCUAUGGAAGAGAUUGAAAUAAAGGAAGAAGUUGAAACCUCAGAAAGUGACAGUGAAUUAGAGUUGUCUGAAAAACAGUACUCACAAAAUGGGACAGAAUCUGAUGCUGCUGGAUUUGGUCCUGAAGGGGAUGAGACAGAUAGAGAUGAAAAUAUGGUUGAGGUUGAGUGUAACAUUGAUGAGGUCUCAGAUCUAAGUAACCACGCAGGAAGUGUAUCACAUGAGGAAGAUCUGGGUUUAGAGGCACAGUAUGAACAUUACAAUGACAGCACUGGGAAUGUCAUUGCUGAGGAUGCUGCUAGUAAUGCAGCCAGUAUUGGUCCUGUUGUUGACUGUAGAGAUGACACUCAUGGAGUCAACAAUACUGCAUACAAUGGCAAUCAGGACAUUGAUGGUGACAUGGGUUAUGGUGGCAACAGAAAUGAAGAUGGUGUUGGGGACAACACUGCUGAAGCUACUCAAGACCACAGUAAUGAAGACGGUGUUAGGGAUGCUGGUGCCACCAAGGAGGGUGACAACAGAAAUGAAGGAAACGUUGGAGAUGCCAACAAGAAUACUGGCGCUCAGAGUAAUGGUUAUGCAUGGCUCUUUGAAGGGCAACAUUCUGGUCCAGGCUUUGCAGGGCCUGACUACCGCCUAUAUCGGGACCCAAACAUCAUCCAUGUCCAAGCUUUGAUAUGCACUGUACGACGAAUAAGAUAUAGUGCACAUGUGGAGACAAAUGUAGUUUAUGAUGUACGAACAUAUGAGAAUGGAACGUGGCAUGUGCAGCGUAUACGAUCAUUUUAAAUGCACCUACUUUUUAUGAACAUUCUCUCGAAGCAGAAAAAGAUGUUUGCAGAAAACCUCUCAUCAUAACAGCAAAGAACUAAGUCAUAGUGUUCAGAAGAAAGUAGCAUCCCUCAGCUUGAGUCAUGAUGGUGACCAGGGGUUGUUGAAGAGUUCGACACAUCAGAGCAGAAGACAGUUGUGGGAUGCUUGGAAAUAUCUUAGUGAGUUGCUAAACUUCUACGUUAUUUGGCACUUAGUACACAAUAACCAAAAAUUCUGCUGUGUACCAUGAUAUGAUGAUUAACUGGAGAAUGUGAAAAGAACAGUUCACUAUAUGGGAAACAGGAGUUGGCAGAUGACACAUAUUUAAUCAGUGUCCCAAACUUAACCAUAUUAUACAGAACAUAAAUGUAGUGUUUUGGAGCAAUGCAGUUAGUCAGUACAACAUUUAUUUAGCAGAAGUGACCAAUGAGAAUAUUGUGUGAAAUAGACAGUUGCACAUCAUGCUGAGACAAGAGGAAUUAUUACACUUACUCCUCAAUACAUUUACUUCUUGACAGUGUUGAUAAUUAAUAAUAAAUUAAUUUCUAGAGGAACUGAAACCCACACAACCACACUAGAAAAAUACAGAAAUAAUAUCAAUGUAGAUUAUGCUUCCUUGCAUAUUAUCAACUUCAUGCUGAUUGAACAUUCACUUUGAACUUAUUUUGUGUCUCUGUCACACUGGAAAUCAGCAUGUAGACUUAAUCAGAAUUGUGGAAGUGUGCUCUAAUGUCUUUUAGUUUAGAAGUGGAUGAAGUUCAGAAAUAUUUUGAGAUUGUAUGUCUUUUACGAAUUUUGUUUUAAUUUUAGAAUUAUCAGUUUUGAAGAACUGCAUUAGCUGAACAUUAUUAAAAUGCAGCUCUAUGCUAUUU